UUUUAAGGAAAACAAAUGGAUUUAAGUUCUGAAAAUAUAUCAUUGUGUGUCAUCAAAAUCGAGAUCGAUUUGGAAAACAUCGGAGACGAGGGUGCCGUCUCAACAGAACAUCCAACCAAUCCGCGCGUCCAGAAGGAGCGGGAACGAGAUCGUGGCCUGCGCCAAGCCAAAGACAUAACCAUUGAGACAUAUACGAAUCAACGUUGGACCAAAGACUUGGAGCAGGAGGAGGGCACUAAAAUGAACUGGGCCGCUGUAUUCCAGCAGCACACGAAUAGCCCUUCAGCGGGAAGCUCUAGGGAGACAACCCCACGAACUGGCGACGAGGCGCAGGCUUCAAAGUUUCCACAAGAGAUUCGCUACUUUUCGGGCAAUCCCAUAGUCGAGGUCACCAAGGGAUUGAUUCAUCUGUACAAAAAGAAUGAACGAAAGGCCAUUAAGGAGGCUCCUUCAAAUAAACUUUGCCUUUUGGCAGUUCCAGCCACAUUGAACUGCCAUGAUUUGCUGAAUUUUAUAGCUCCAUGCCAUGCCGAGAUUAAGCAUGUUCAAAUUGUCAGGGACGGCAGUCCCAAUCAGUUUAUGGUCCUAUUGGAAUUCCGUUCAAACGAUUCCGCCUUGGAGUUUUAUAAAUCGUACAAUGGCAUUGCCUAUAAUUCCUUGGAGCCGGACUCAUUGUGCCAUGCCGUUUGGGUAUCUGCUGUGGAGCGGAGUGAAAAUGGUUUGCCCCCUUUGGGACACACUGAACUGCCCACUUGUCCCGUUUGCUUGGAACGCAUGGACGAGAGUGUCGAUGGAGUGCUGACCAUACUAUGUAAUCAUGCUUUCCAUGCCAGUUGCCUGAUGAAAUGGGGCGAUUCCACCUGCCCGGUGUGUCGGCAUGUUCAGACACCGGAGCUGGUCGAGGAUUCGGUUUGCAUGGAAUGCGAGGGAACCGAUUCUCUGUGGAUUUGCUUGAUUUGCGGUCAUGUCGGCUGCGGGCGCUAUCAGGGUGGACAUGCAGCGGCCCACUUUCGAGCCACCAAUCAUACAUUCGCCAUGCAGUUGGGCACCUCCAGUGUCUGGGACUAUGCGGGCGAUAAUUUUGUGCAUCGUCUCUUUCAAAAUAAAUCCGAUGGCAAGCUAGUAGCGUCGCAGACCGAGAAGGAUGAGCGCGAAGAGAAGAUCGACUCAAUGCAAAUGGAGUUUACGUAUUUACUAACCUCCCAACUCGACACCCAAAGGAAAUUCUAUGAGGAUCGCAUGGAGAGGCUCGAGCAAGAGUGGCAAAAUUUCAAGGCCAGCGCCAAUGAGGCAAAGACAGAAAUCACCGAGUUGCAGCAGCAGCACCAGGGCAUGCAAAAGGAGAAGCAAAAUCUGGAAAGAAAACUAACUCAGCAUUCAGCCAAACUGAAAGAAGUCCAAAAGCAACUCGUCGAGGAGCGCGAACUCUCCAAGGCAUUUCAGAACAAUCAAAUAUCUUGGCAUGGCAAGUACAAGGCUUUAGAAUUGCAGUAUAAUGAAUUUAAAUCAAAUCACGACAAGGAAGUCACCGAACUGAAGGAGCAAGUCCGUGAUGUUAUGUUCUUCUUGGACAAUCAAGAAAAAAUGGCCAACUCUGAACUAGCAGGCGCCUCGAUAACCGGAGUCAGUGAGAAGGAAAAAACCGAGACCAAUGGACGCCGUGGAAAUCGUCGCAAGAAGAAGGAAUAGAAUUAAGUUAUCCUAUCGAAAACUUUUACAAAAUUGAGCUAUGCAAUAUCGAAUGAAACUGCAACCCGCAACUCAAAAAAUGUGAUUUCCUUUUGUGAAAAUUUAAAGCUUAAGCAUAAAUAUAUAUUUAUUCUGUCAUAGUUAA